GAUUCGGAGGGGAAGUCCUCAGUACGGUAUUUCACGUGUUCUGAAGAAAAACGUGGUUAAUUUUGCUUAAUUUUCAGUGGUAUUUUCGUGUUUUUCCUGUGAAGUAAGUGGUUGAAGUGAAAAUUCAACUCCUCUAGGAGUUUUUUUGAGCAAUGGGUAAGAAAAAGAAUAAGAACCAAGCCCUUGGGAUGGGAAACAAAUCUCCUACUGCGAAAGCUAAGAAAGCUGGGAAGAACAAGGUGAAGAAUGGAUUUGGACAGAAAAAAGGCAAAUUUGAAAGCAGUCCUGGUAUUUCUGGGGUUUCUGGGGUGUCUGAAGGGAAGCCUUCACAAGAAUUUUCCAAAAAGAAACAGAGGAAGAAGUUAAAGAAAGAGAAACAGAAUCAGACAAAUCAGAUGCCUAAGAAACCGGUUCCGGAAGGUGUCAAUGGAACCGGUAGCAAGGAUUCUAAGGAUACCCUUGCUGGGUCCAUGAAGAGACAGAAGAAAGAGGGAUUGAAGGGACCAAAGCCAAAGAAGAUCAAGAAGAAAGCGACUCAGCCAGGUCAGUUUGUCAAAGCAAACAUCAGUCCGGAAAAGGAGGUAGAGCGUCUUCCGGAGAAGGUUCAGAAGAAGAAGAAAAAGAAGGGAAAGACUGGGAAGGGCGAGAAGGGUCAGAAAUCUUUGGAGAUUGCUGUGUGUGAAGAUGUGUCAAAGGAGAAUUUAGGAGAUUCAGACAAUUGCUUCGAUGAUCCCUAUCAGAGAUUUCUUGGUACAUUUCUGGAUUCUUCCGGAGAUGAUUACAGUCAGUACUCGAGCUCUGAUGACUACGACAGCUUCAGUGAUGAAGAAAUUGACGAAGAAUUCUCCACAGAUACUGAUUUUUCCGAGAAUGAGGAAGAAGAAUCAUUGUAUUCUGAUGAUUCUGAGGAUUUGGAAGAUUCCUCAGAUGAUGAUGUGGAGUAUUUUCCUGGAGAUCAAUAUGAUGAUGUGAUUUUGAGGAAAGGAGAGGCAAAGUACAGAGAAAUCCCGAAAUCUGUUCAAUUUUCUGAUGAAGCUGUGUCAGAAAUUAUUGAAUAUUUCUCUGAUGAAGGGGAAAUCAGGAAGGAAGGGCAGCCACAGAAGACAGUGGAUCAAUCUCUGGACACUAGCAAGGCAGUGAUACAGGCGGGAAGUGUUCAGCUGGAUGGGAAACCGGCUAAGAAAAAGCCUGAAGCUUCCAAAAUGAAGAAAGUUGUUUGUUCGAAAAACUGUUCACAUGAGCACAUUCCCUGCCCCAAGAAAUCCUCCAAGGAGAGUCCUCUCAACUCCCUGAAGUUCAAAGAAACUGAAGAAGUGACUAAUAUCGAGGCUUCCAUGGAAGUAGACAAGGAAGACGCAGGAAAACCAGAAGAAGAUACAGAAGAAAUCCCUGAUCUGGAAGCAAGUGAUUUGAGGGAUGAAGAUGACAGCCAGGAGGACGUAAAGUUCUACAAUGCCAUUGAUUCCUAUCAUGUCCUCCUGCACCUGAAAGAAACCAUCAGUUUCCAUGGAAAUCUCAGCAUUAAAUUGGUCGCCGGAGCGGCUUCUAUUUUGGAAUACACUCUCGAUCUCAAUGAAAGAGUCACUGCCAAUGCUCCCAUUGGGUACUCAUCUGUCAACAUUACGCCAAAACCGUCAAAUCCGGAGGAAUACUGGAGAAAAUCCCUCGAGAAGGACAACAAAUACCUUAAAGAGAUAUUUUUCGAAUCUGACCUGAAAGAAAUUGAGGAGAAUUUGAAGCCGUCCCAGGCAGUUUUACUGCUCAAUAAGAUCACGAACAAUCGUGUAAAAAUGGUUGAGAAGUAUUCGGCCAAUCGGGUAUUCCCCAAUAUGAUCACUUACAGAAAACCCAGACCUUUCGCUUCUUCUGAAUUCAUCCUCCAGUGUCGCUUCAGUUCCAGCAGCAGGAACAAUUUCCAGGUGAAUCCCAAAUGGCAGGAGAUCUCCGUGGAUGAAAAUAGUCGCAUCAUGACAAUUGGAGGGAAGAAUGUCGGGAAAUCCAGCCUCAUUCGGCACCAGAUUAACAAAAACUUAAAGAAGUUCGGGAAAAUCCUCCUGAUUGACCUCGAUAUUGGUCAACCUGAGAUUUCCCUGCCACAAACAGUGUCUGCUACGCUCCUGGAUCGUCCAAUCCUCGGAAUGGCAUGCUUUAUGGAGCAGCAGCCUGAGACUAGUCGUCUCUUUGGAGACCUCAAUGUGGCCAAUGAUCCCGCGAAGUAUUACAAUAGCGUCCUCGAUCUUCAGCAGGAUAUCUCCAGCAAGGAGGAAUUCCAGAGUAUUCCCUGGUUUAUCAACACAAUGGGAUAUGCCAAGGGAAUAGGAAUGGAACUAAUGAUUGCCCUCAUAGGCCUCUUUAAACCCAGCCAAAUCCUCCAGAUUGACCAUGAAAUCCAAUUGGAGAAUUUUGAAUGCGAAUUCAGCAAGAAAUUGGUCGAUGACUGGGAAUGGCAGCUCUUGGAUAAUGUCUCUCUGCCUUCUCGGGAAUGUUCAGACUUCAAAGUCCUUCGCUUUCCCACGAUGGUCAGUGGGAGUUUGUCAGAUGACAUCAGGAGGUCCAAGGCAUCAGAAACCAGGCAGAUAAGCAUUCUAGCUCACUUAGGAGGAGCCCUUGGGGACGAUUGUGACUGGAUAACGCAAUCCCAGCCUGUUUGCGUGCCUCUGGAUAAAAUCACACUUCUCAAUUUGACUGACGAAGAUAUUGAUGAGCAACAUAAAUGGGAUUUGAUAAAUGGCAAUUUAGUGUAUCUCUGCAACAAUUCCUUUGAGAAUCCAAAGGUCUUUGGAUUGGGUAUCGUCAGAGGGAUCGAUAAUGCCCUGCAAAGUCUCUAUCUUCUGCCUACAACACGACAAAAUCUCAAUCAGGUGAAUUCCCUGGCCGUUUGUGCGAUUACGCUUCCACCUCAGCUGAUUCUCAACCAGAGUUCAAGUGUUCAGGGAGAACUACCCUAUGUCUACAACACAGAUGAAGCCAUUGGGUCCAGAAAUGUCGUUGGGAGGGCUUUCAGGGAUGAGAAAGCCAUCGCCAACAUGUACAGCAAGAACACCAUUGAGUAAAACUUUUGUUAAUUAUGAAUUAUUUUGACGAACAUAUUUGAUGAAAUAUAUAAUACUACUACUGAUAUUAAGAUAUAAUAAAAA